UCAAAUAAACAUACAGAAGCUGAUACAAAAGACAUACUAAAUACGAGAAUGUUGAAUUGUUCAAUUGAAGAACCAGAUACGACUCGUUCUGAAGAGAGCGCGUCUGUGGGAAUCAACAAAUUAAAGAAUUAUGCAGAAAACCAUCAUUAUUGCUAUUGUGCUUUGUGUGCCCUCGUCAUAUCAAGGUAGGUCGAGUUUUAUAAUAAUAAUAAUAAUAAUAAUAUUUAUUCAAGAAGCUCCACUCACUGAAGUGUUUUUCAGCUAGUCCUGUGUUUUGAGGUAGUAUGUUGCAUUCUUACCAAAGAAAGCUUUGGUAAUAUAAUAAUUAUAUUUAAUUUACUAAAAAUAUGUUCAUUUGUAGGUUUUUACUGCACAAAUAUUCUACUCGCUCUCAAUUUACAAAAUGUGGAAGAAGACAUGGAAAUAUUCUCAAAGUAAGUAUAAUGGUAUAAUUACACCUCUGUCAUACGCAGAAUGACAAUUGUAUACGACUAGUUGUAUUGUGUAAAUGGGCUUAAUGAAUUUUUUAGGUAAACUUCUUGAUCAAAAACAUAACUUGUGCUACUAAUGAAAUAGUGAAUGAAACAAGGAAG